AUGCAGGCACUGGUAGUCCCUCGGCGACCAUGUGCGGCGGCGAUUGGCCGUCCAGCCUUGGGCGGCGGCCGCCACACCGCUCGGUGGGCGGUGCGGGUGUGCGCCUCGGGGCGGAUAGCCAACAAGGAGCUGCUGGAGGUGGCGCAGCGGGCAGCCCAGGCGGGAGCCAAGGUGGUGAUGGAGGCUGUGGAUAAGCCGCGCACGAUAGAGUUUAAGGGGGCCACCGACCUCGUGACCGACACCGACCGCGCCAGCGAGGAUGCCGUGCUGGCCGCCAUCCAGCAGGCCUUCCCCAACCACGCGGUGCUGGGGGAGGAGGGCGGCGUGUCGGGCGACACCAGCAGCGAGUACCUGUGGUGUGUGGACCCGCUGGACGGCACCACCAACUUUGCGCACGGCUACCCAUCCUUUGCGGUCUGCGUGGCGGUGCUGCGCCACACCACGCCCGUCGCAUCCACAGUGAUUGAGUUUGGCGGCGGCCCCGGCAGCUGGGUCACCCGCACCUAUACCGCAUCACGCAACGGCGGCGCCUUCUGCAACGGCAAGCCCAUCCAGGUCAGCAAGACGCACAACCUGACCAAGUCGCUGCUGGUCACUGGGUUUGGGUACGAGCACGACGAGUGCUGGGCGGCCAACAUGAAGCUGUUCCAGCACUUCACGGACGUCACCCAGGGCGUGCGGCGCCUGGGGUCGGCCGCCGUGGACAUGUGCCACGUGGCCAGCGGCAUGGCUGAGGCGUACUGGGAGUACCGCCUAAAGCCCUGGGACAUGGCGGCGGGGGUGCUGAUUGUCGAGGAGGCGGGCGGCAGCGUGACCACCAUGGACGGCCGCGCCUUCUCCGUCUUUGACCGCAGCGUGCUGGUCAGCAACGGCUUCCUGCACGAGAAGCUGCUGGAGAAGACGGAGCACGCCACCAGCCACCUGGUGGCUGAGGGCAUCGACCUGUCGCAGUGGUUCAUCCCCAAGGGCUACCGCGUCCAUGCUGGCGCGCAACUAGAGUGAGCGCCCAGCGCCAGCGGCACCAACAGGUUGGGUCGAAACGGCCACCGUUGACUGGUUGAAGCCUUGUUUUUUCCUCCCUCUUUGUCUUGGUCUGUGUCUGUUUCCAGUGCUCGGUUCUCCUCCAAUCCAAUCACCAUCCGUUUCCACUGUGACCAGAAUGAGCAAGGAAUGGCAUCCAUGCCCACGCCGCGGGCGGAGCGGGACCGCCCGCUUGGCACUGUAAUGCAUGCGGAGCUU